AUGAUCAGAGAAUGGGAGAAUGGCUAUCAGAAGGCUGGGAACCAGAGGGCCAAAGAUUCAGGGACCCAAGGAAGGAAGACUGCAGAGGGAACAAAUAACAGUGGAAUGCCAGUCAGAACACUUAACAGGAGCGAUGUUUUUCAGUAUCAAGACUCCCUGUGCUGCCAAGGGAAUCAGUGCUCUGAGUCACUGCCGGGGAUAUGGACCAAAUUCUACAAAUCAGAUCCACGCAUUGCCCUUGGAAAAUACUCACCCUUGGAAAAAGAGAUCCUACGUCGAGGUGGUGUACACACCGUAGCGUCAAGAAGGUUUCUGACUUACAAACAAGAGGAAGAACGGAAAAUGCUCAAGAAGCUACAGUUGCUGUCCUCAGACUACAAACGGGCACUGGAAUAUAAAAAACAACAUUCCCCUCCAUGUGCCACCUGCGGGCCCCUAGAAAAAAUAUGGACGGCACAGGUGAUCGUGUGCCCGGAGGAGUUCAGAAUGCCCCGGCGAGAGAGGCUCAGCGUCAACAGACACGUAGCACGGAUGCAGCUUGCUCAAGCCCUGAGAAAUAAGCAGCUUCUACCCUACACCGAAAGAUUUAGGAGCUCUUCUGCUCUGUCUGGAGCAAGGCUGAGCCCAACGGCAAAGGACAAGGCCCGGGAAGACAAGGAGCGGCGGGGGCAGGACGGGGAGGAGGAGGGUGCCACUCAAGACCACAGUGAUGCCAAGCAGGAGGAGAGAGAUGAGACGGAGAGCAAAAACACGAAAAAACAAGAAAUAAAAAUGAAUGUCAUUUUUAGGUCCAAAAAACCAAAAAGAUGCUCAGCAUACCAACCAAAUGAUAGGAAGCCAUUCCUCCCCACCAAGAAAAUGGAACGGUCCAUCACUGGCUUCACAAACCGAAAUCUUCUACACUUGGCGGAAUUCCCUGGAGACCUAAUGCUAAUGAAUCAGGAUUUUAUCUCACGGGGAGUUCACCCCAGCGAUGCAGCAAAGGCCAAGCAUCUGGAAGAAGACAGUCUCUGGAGAGAUUACAUGCACAAACCUGCUCCUUACCAUUAUUAAACUUUU